CACACAGCAGCCAGUCUCAGUUAGCAUCUUGGCCAGGCAUGAGCUAUUUCUAGUAGGGCUCUCUCUCUCCUCCACGCUCAUCGGACUCUAAAACACUAAAAAAGAAAGGAGAAGAAGAUAAAAGAAAAGCGAGUGCUUCCUUUCAUCUAUUGUGGGUGCUCUUUGUGUUGAUCUGCAACAUUAUUCUUCCUUUAUCGUCGUGUGAUUACAGUGUGGCUCAUAUUGGACGUGAUUUGGAGAUUAUGAGGCGUCGAGUGAUUAUUCCAGUUUUCAUUUUCACAUUUUGUGUUCUGGCGUUCACCGGCCUCGAGGCGUGUGAAUUGGAUCAGACGCAGUACGGAUGCCGAAUUGAUAAUCGCCAGUGCACUUGCGCCUAUGGAUGUCGCUCGGAAUUCCGCUAUUCAACCCGGAAGGAGUGCCAGGAUGCUCUCAAGGGUCGUGCCGGUGAUAUUUGCAGCGGUAGCCCCUGCAUGAAUGGCGGUGCCUGCAUCCAAGUAUCUCAAAUGCCAGGCUACAAGUGUCGCUGCGAAGGCACCGGAUUCUGGGGCAAUCGAUGUCAACUCCCCUGCCCCGACGAAUGGCACACCAACUUCCCCUAUGAGUGUAUUGUAAUCUAAGUCAAACCAACUGGGAGUUUAGUUCAGUGUUCUCUCUCAUAUUAUAAAUUGAUUGUGUGGACUCUGUGUGUCCUCUGACCUCUCUCCCCGCCUCUCUAUAGCUUUCUUUGUCCCUCUUCUUCACUCUCUCUCUCCCUCUUUUACUCUUACCAAUUCCCCCCAUUAUUUAUGAACAAACAAAUUAAGGAAAAAAAAAACUGAAAAGAAAUAAAACCUAUUGAUAAAG